AUGGGGCAGGACCCCGAUCACAAACAACCAGUGCCUUGGAGAGCGUGGGCCAUCGUUGCAAUCUGCGCUCUGGCUACAUUCCAGAACACAUACUACGGUAUCGCCCCUGCUGCAAAUCAAUAUGCCAUCGCUGGAGCUUUGGGUGGUACUGCAAGUGAAAGAAUCUGGAUUGUCCAAGCUGCAGCUGUUCCUGCCAUCGCUUUCGGUCCCAUCUUCGCAAUCAUCUCAGAUGUCUACGGUCGCAGAAACCUUAUCCUUGCCGUCUGGGUGCUUUUCGCUGUCGGCUCUAUCGUAUCCAUGACUGCUACCGGCAUGACCGCCGUCAUCGCUGGCCAAGCACUCUCUGGUGUUGCUUCGGGUAUCUCUGGUAUCAUGUUCGCUGUCGCAUCCGAGGUGCUUCCCGGAGCCUACCGUGCUUAUGGCCAGACCAUUGUCAGUUGGGUCUCUGGUCUGUCAUCGCUCAUUGCUCUUCUUCCCACCGGAGCUGCGACGACUGCCGAUCCCGUAAACGGCUGGAGAUGGAUCUUCCGCAUCAAGUUCAUCCUCGAGUGCCUCGUCAUCAUCGGCAUCGCAGCUCUUUACUUCCCUCCUCCCCGUACUGCCGCUAGCAAGCAAUCACUUGGUCAGAAGCUCAAGGCUCUCGACUGGAUCGGUUACAUUCUUCUUCUAGGCGCUCUUGUUCCCUUCUUGAUGGGCUUUGCUUGGAGCGGAGACUCCAACUAUGGUUGGGCUAACAAGACUCACACCGUUGUCCCCGUUGUUGUCGGUGGUGUUCUCUUCAUCGUCUGCUUGAUCUAUGAAUGGAAGGGAACCAAGACUGGUUUCUUGGACCACCGCCUCUUCCAGAACGGACGCAACUUCCCCCUCUGCAUGGUCCUCAUCGCCGUCGAGGGAUCUCUUUUCUACCUCAUGAACAACAUUUACCCAUCGCAAGUCAAUGGUAUCUGGGAGCAGCCUGGCACUAUCAAGGCCAACGCCUACCUCCUGCCAUUCUUCAUGGUCAUCACCGUCGUCUCGCCCCUGCUAUCCGUCUACGUUACCAAGUUCAGAGACGUCAAGUGGCCCAUCUUCGUUGGCUUCCUCUCGUUCAGUGCUUCCGUCAUCGGUCUUGCGCUUGCUGGUGAAAAUGGAAAGCUUGGUCUUGCAUUCAACGGCAUCGGUGGUCUAGGCUUUGCCCCUGUUCUGAUUUUGAUCAUGGUUUGGGUCCAGAACUCGACUCCUCCCCUCUUUAUCGGUACUGCUUCUGCCCUUACCAUCUCCUCUCGCACACUCGGUGGUACUGUCGGUCUGGGCAUCGCAAACGCUAUCUACGGAUCGCUCACAAACACUCAAAUUCCCGAGGCUAUCAUCGCUGCCGUCCUGCCUCUCGGAUUCAACCCAGAACACAUUGGUCAGCUCAUCGGCUUCUACUUCUCUGGUCAGGGCCUUGACAAGAUUCCUGGCAUCAACGGACGGAUCCUCGGCGCCGGCCAGGCCGCACUUCACGCGACCGAGGCUCACGCCUACAAGAUUGUCUGGUUAUCCUUCCUCCCAGGCUGUGUUGUUGCCGCUGCCAUCUGUCUCUUUAUGCGCAACUCGAGCGAGAGAAUGAACUGGGUCGUCGAUGCCCCUCUUGAGACCAAGGUCGAUGCCCUUUCCGCCAAGGAACAGGCAUUGGAGAUGGAUCACACUACAGUUCACAUUCCCACCUUGAACGAUAACAUCGAGAUUGAGCGAGUCGAGCACAGAUGA